AUGCUCGUGCGCCGCUGGGGAACUGUGACGUGUGACAAAAAAAACUACAGAUACUGGGGGUGUCAUUCCGAUCAUGAUCUCAGUGUCCUGCUGACCGAUCAGAACAACAAGACACUGGCUCCAGAAGCAUCAACACUUAACAAGGUUGGAUGGUACAAUCUGGCCGGAUACAGUUCCUCCUCCUCGGUCCUUGUGUUUUGUGCCAAAAAGAAGCCUCAAUGUGUGUUUGCUAACAGUGAGCUGCGCCUGUGGUAUGGUGAAGAUUUGCGCGCCCCUGAUAGCGAGAAUGACAAUGGGGGCAGAACGUGCGCAGAUGUGUACGGACAGCUGGCGUAA